AUGUUUCCAUCUCUGUCACGCAUGACAGGUAGCCUGGCUCACCUUCGUCUACGAGAUGACCGAGAGGCCCAGAGAGAAAAAGCCUUUGGCGUACUGUGUGACAUGUUUACACUGUUGAAUACGAUGCCCAGUGUUUAUAUUCAACCCGGUGAUUUUCAAUCCCUGCCAGUAAACAUCGACAUGAAGGUUCUGCCGUUAAAUGAUGACAAUAUCGAGGAGACUCCCCGUGCGACGGUACAUACGGAGUUGGACUUCUUUCUUCCUCUGUCCCACGAAAGCAUCUCAUCCAAGUACAAAAUGAACUUGGAGGCUCCCGAGAUCAGAGAACGUUUCUCCCAGGUUAACCAAUUGACGGAUGGCAAUUGUCCCGUGCUAAUGGAGUUGGGAUGCUGGAAUAAGCAAGAGCACCUGGAAUAUUUAGCUUAUAGACUCAUGUGGGAAGCGGACGUUGUUCCCAGAGUGGGGACUGAAGGAAACUCGAGACCCCUGAGGGUAGUUACGGGCUGGAAGUCCCCUGGAUUUGCCUUUGCAGCGAGAUUCGAACCUUACCUCCAUACCUACGACUCCCCCUACAGUGAGGCGGCUAAUUGUUGGGUUAAGAGCGGCAUACCACAUAUCAAGAUCGCCGUGUACAAUACUAGUCAAGGGGAUCCAAAGCUUCUACUCUGUUCUGAGAUUCUUACCAUAAUUGCUGCAAUCUCUACCCGUCUUAUGGACAAAGGGCUCGAAAAACAUCUUAUCAUUCCUGUUAUGCUUAUCUCUUUCAUGGCUCCUGCACAUGGGAGGGUCCUCAUUGCACAUUACGAUAGCCAUGGACUUCGCAUCAAAAUGUCCGAUCUUUUGCCGUGUAGCUCAAACGAUCGAGCCUCUUGGGACUUCUUUGCAAGAUACCUCGGAAGUGAUGCCAACCCAACGGCGGAUACAUCCAUGUUUGUUGAUCAGUGA